CCACCAUGUCCCGCGAAAUCAUCAACAUUCAAGCUGGCCAAGCCGGGAACCAAGUCGGCGAAAAUUUCUGGGAGAUGCUCCUAGCCGAGCACGGCCUCAACCGAUCCGGAGCCUACGAAGGAAAUGAUCCGUUGCAGAUCGAGCGUGUUGGGACCUAUUUCUCCGAGAUCAGCUCAUCGGGCCCGGCACGCUAUGUCCCACGAAGUGUACAAGUCGACCUCGAGACUGGUGUUUGCGACAAGUUGCGCAGCGGGCCUUUGGGCAAGCUGUUCAGGCCGGAUACGUUCUUCACUGCCGAUCCGGGUGCUGGAAACAACUGGGCCAAAGGAUAUUACACCGAAGGCGCAGAGCUCAUUGACGGUAUCCUGGAUAUCGUUCGGAAACAAACCGAGGCUUGCGACUCUCUCCAAGGCUUCCAGCUCAUCCACUCCCUUGGCGGUGGUACCGGUGCCGGUCUCGGGUCAUUGAUGCUGUCAAAGUUCCGGGAGGAGUACCCCGACCGAAUGCUCGCAACGUUCUCAAUCCUCCCCGCACCCGGUGUAUCAGAAACCGUUGUCGAGCCGUACAACUCCGUCCUCUCCCUGCACCAGCUCAUCGACAACUGCGAUCUCACAGUGACGAUCGACAACGAGGCGCUGUACAACAUCGCGACGCGCACGCUCAAGCUCAAGGGGCCGACGUAUAGCGAUCUGAACGUGCUUAUUGCUAAGGUCAUGUGUGGUGUUAGCACGAGCUUGCGCUUCCCUGGGCAGCUGAACGGUGACCUGCGGAAACUCGGGAUGAACCUCAUCCCCUUCCCUCGUCUCCACUUCCUCAUGCCCAGCUACGCGCCCUUCUUUGACGAGAAAGCGAGCGCGUACCAGAAGAAAUCCGUUCCCGAGCUGGUGGCGUCAAUGUUCGACCGUACGAACUACCUGGUCGCUGCUGAUCCUCGGUUCGGGCGGUACUUGACGGCCGCGACGAUAUUCCGGGGCAAUGUUGGCUCGAGCGACGAACAGCAAGCGGUGUAUCAGUUGCAAAAGAAGAACUCGGCCUUUUUCGUCGAGUGGAUCCCGGACAACGUCUCCGUCUCGCUCUGCUCUGUCCCGCCCGUCGGUCAAACACAGGCCGGCGUGUGCUUGGCGAAUUCGACGUCCAUGCAGGAGAUCUUCAAGCGGAACACGGACCAGUUCGCGGCGAUGUUCAAGCGCCGUGCGUUCUUGCACUGGUACACGAACGAGGGGAUGGACGAGAUGGAGUUUACGGAGGCGUAUAGUAAUGCGCAGGAUCUGAUCACGGAGUACCAGCAAUACCAGGAAGCGACGAUGGACGACGAAGAGUUCGAGGACGAGUACGCGGCGGAGAGCGACGCCGAGGUGUCUGUCGCAGCGGAGAGCAUCGUCGGCGGCGAGGAGGAGCACUAUGAGCCCAGCGAGGCGUACGAGUCCAGUGAGGUCGAGUUCUAGCGAUGAGCGUCUCGCAACCUCCGUGCUGUCAAUGGGAGUAAUACGCCCGCUUUACCGGUGAUACCCCCGCUCCUCGACCCGGCUCACUCUUCUUCGCGUGUAUCACACAUUCUAUCCAGCUCGGAUUUACAGAUCAUUAGUUUUGUUUGCGGAUAUGAUGACUGGAUUAUUACUUACUUUAGAGUUCGCAUAUCGGAUUCCGAGUUGAUAUGAUAUCCCCGUAAUCGCUAGUGACACUCGUUUGCUCACCUCUUUUUUCUUUUAUCGUUUGCUGCUUUCGUUUAUGCUCAUAGGCUAUCCUUUGAUUGUUGAAACACAAUUCCGGCCUUUGGACAGCUCGUGC